AUGAUCGAACCAUUCCAGACGACCUUCUCGGUCCCGAUGACCUGCGGAGGCUGCGUGAAGUCCAUUUCCGACUCUCUGUACACCCUCGAGGGAAUCACCAAGGUCGAAGCAAACGUCAAGGAUCAGCUAGUUUUCGUUGAAGGCACUGCACCACCCAGCUCUAUUGUCACCGCAAUCCAAAACACCGGCCGAGAUGCCAUUCUCCGCGGCAGCGGAACUACAGACAGUUCCGCCGUCUGCAUCCUUGAAACACACUCAACAACCGUUCCAAAUAAGGUCCGCGGCCUUGCGCGCAUGGUCCAGGUCUCUCCGAACAAGACCCUUGUCGACCUCACUAUCAACGGCUUAGCUCCGGGCAAAUACUGCGCUACUAUUCGAGAAGCGGGAGAUAUCUCCCGUGGCGCCGAGUCUACUGGGGGUAUCUGGGAGGCUUUGAAGACGAAGGUGCUUGGUGGUGAUGCUGCCGCCCCGGCGAAGGAGUCACGGGGCAUUUUUGGCAGCGUGGAUGUUGGCAAUGAUCAUCGUGGGAGUGUAUUUUUGGACCGGCCUGUGGCUGUCUGGGAGCUUAUCGGUCGGAGUAUGGUUGUUGCGAAGGAUGCAGAGGGUCCGUUCCAGCGCGAGGAUGAGAACACCCUUGUUGGUGUGAUUGCGCGCAGUGCGGGCGUGUGGGAUAACGAUAAGAUGGUCUGCUCGUGCUCCGGUAAAAAUGUUUGGCAGGAGAGAAAGGAGCAGGUUAUUCAGGGUAUGGCUUGA